AUGGUUUGGCAAGGGAGGUUUUUUUAUUCCAUCACUGACAUCUACCGGCUCAUCUGUAAACUUAUACGUGAAUUUAACAAAUUGAACCAUAGCGCGAUUGGGAAGAAGGGAGAUAAAGUGGCGGGGACAUCAAAUAAUAAUGGAAAAGGGGGACGAGCCGCCCGAGUCGACGUGGGGUCCCCCCUCCUUGAUUGGGAAGAAGGUGACCAUUUCAGCUUUGAAGAUUCCGAACGUUUCGAAGAAGAUUCCCUUUGUAGUUGGAGUUCUGAACCUGAAAGUCUCUGCAACAAUUGGCGCGGAUGGAGGAGACCGCCAAUAUUACAAAACAUUUACGGCCGUCCUGUGAAAAAGAUUGUUCAAGAAAAAACUGUGUCAACAUUAAGUGACCUGGCAGCAAAGUGUGUAGCAUGCAACAUACCAUUUGAGUUAGUGGAACAUGUAUAUCCACCGGUGCCUGAGCAGCUGCAGCUGCAAAUUGCUUUCUGGAGUUUCCCUGACAGUGAGGAUGAUGUCCGGCUGUAUUCCUGUCUCGCAAAUGGAUCAGCUGAUGAGUUUCAAAGGGGUGAACAUCUCUUCAGAGACAGGGCAGUCAAAGACGUUUUACAAAUUGGGUUCCAUUUAUCAGCAACAGUGGUUCUAAACAUGCCAAGGGCUCAAUUCAACGUGGCCGUAACAUUUGACAGGCAGAGGAUCUCCUCAUGCAAUUGUACUUGCGCAUCAGCGGCCCAUUGGUGUUCUCAUAUUGUAGCAGUAUGCCUCUUUAGAAUACAUCUACCAACACAAGUAUGCCUGAGAGCACCAGUGUCCGAAUCACUGCAAAGAUUACGAAGAGAUCAACUGCAAAAAUUUGCACAAUACCUCAUAUCGGAGUUGCCCAGACAAGUAUUACCCACGGCUCAAAGAAUACUGGAUGAACUAUUAUCAGCUCAACCGAAUCAAAUUAAUGCCACAUGUGGGGCUCCUGACCCCACAGCGGGAGCCUCAGCUUAUGAAUAUACCUCAUGGUUUCUCGAUGAAAAGACUUUGCACUGUAAUAUCAACAAGAUUUUAGUCAAGUUUUGUGUACCAGCUCCUAUAGUAUUUAGCGAUGUGAAUUACUUAAGUACUAGCGCCCCACCGGCGGCGGCGGAAUGGACAUCUCUCCUGCGUCCGUUGAGAGGGCGAGAGCCUGAAGGCAUGUGGAACCUGCUCUCCAUAGUGCGCGAGAUGUUCAAACGUAAUGACAGGAAUGCUAUACCCCUGUUAGAGAUCAUCACCGAAGAGAUCAUGGCUUGUGAACAGAUCAUAGUGUGGUGGUACAGUACGAAGGCAGCGCUGGUGGCUUGGGGCGGGUCUGGUGGUGCGGGCGGCAAGCACGGCGGUGCCGGCGGCAACUCCGCCGCACAGCACGCCUGCUCCUCGCUAUGUGAUGAGAUGGUAGUGCUUUGGCGACUGGCAGCACUUAAUCCGUCUCUGGCGCCUCACGAACGUGACACUUUGCACGAACAAUUCGCUCAAUGGCACAUGAAGGUCUUGGAUAAGGUGGCAAAGAAUCGUAACAAUCUCAAUAUGAGUUCAUCAUCGUCUCACUCAAGGCAUUCAAGAUCUCAUACGCAUUCGCCAUACAUAAAUGGUAUCAGUGAGAACGAAGUGUUCCCCGGCUUCCAUCCCGCUAUGGAGGCUUGCUUCUUGGAGUGGGAUGAUUAUCAGAUACCAGGAGUGACUUACAGCAAAGAUCUGAAUCCGUUGUAUCACAGUCCGUUCACCAUCUUCCGUCAUACUGACAAACACAAUGAUAGUGUGCAUCAGGUGAAUUCUUCAAAAGCAGUAUUAAACAAUGAAAUGUCAUUGAGUUACCGAUUGUCAAACCAGGACCCUUCAAUGCAAAGUCAGCGCGCGAUGAUGCACAGGACUAGUCGCCACACUGUUGACUUGGCUAUACCAGGACCGUCGAAUCAGCCGUCAGGUUCGGGAGUGAGACCUAAUGUACCGCCGCGAGACUCUGGAUCAAUGGGAGAUGGCAAUCACUCCAGUGUAUCAUCUGAAGGUUUCUGCGAGAAUGAAGAAGAGAUAUUGCAACAGAGCGGCGGCGACACGGACUCGCACGCGUCCAGUUCUCCGCCGGUGUCUUCUGACGACGCACGUCGACGCAUCUCCAACGACGACUCGGUCUCGGACGACGACUGCCAGAUGUACUACUAUGACGCGGCAGCUGCGAGACGCGUCGCCAGCGAGGGCGCUGGAUCCAGCGCGCACGCGCACCCUGCCUCUUCUAGCGGCGGAGGCGGCGGCGGCAGUGGAGGAGAAGGAGGAGGCGGCGGUGCAGUGGCGGGCUGGGGAUGCGGGUGGGAGGAGUCAUUCGCUCGCGCCGAGGGCCUGCAGGCGCACGGUUACACGCGCGAGGCAUGCGCGCUCGGUGCUAGCCUCGCCCGCGACCUGCUCUCUAGACCUCCUGCACUCGGUUUCGGAAGCAACGCGAGCAAUGCGGCUGCAGCGGCUGCUGCGGCGGAGGUGCGGCGCGCGAAGAAGCGGCACUUGCCACCGCCGCGCCUGUGCGCCGCCACGCACCGUCUCACCUGUCUCGCCUCGGCCACGCUCGCUAAGUGCGCCUUCCUAUGCACAGUAUUGAGUGAAUUCAGCGAGCAUCAUGAAUUAGCGUUCCGCGUGGGUCUGUACGCCCUUGAGAUGUCGCGGCCGCCCGCCAGCACCAAGUCCUUGGAAGUGAAGCUGAGCAACCAGGAGACUGAGCUGGUCUCCUUGCUGAAGAAGUUGCCAAUGGGCGGACAACAACUCGCUCUUGCAAGGGAAAAGGCUGAACAACUGCGAGAUGGUGUUUUAAGAAAUCGUGGUCCCACAUUGUUGCCCAUUACACUCGCUUCCUUCUUGUUCGAUGCUUUGGUUGCCUCUGCAGUUGAUAAAGAUAGAAAGCAGCCAGUGGAACGUUUGCCGUCGGAUGAAUUAUUGGGUUUCGAAGCAGCCGUGGCGGCUUUGGGUCUGAAGGCGAAUGUGUCGGAAGCGGAACACCCGUUGCUGUGCGAGGGCACGCGCCGGCAGCGAGGCGAGCUCGCUCUACAGUUGCUGGGCCACUAUAGAGACGAUCCCGUCAAGAUAGCCAGGGUUAUGAACAAAUUACUAGAUCGCGAAAUCCAUCAGCUCACUAAAGGCCCGAUGGUGAGCUUGUACUACAUGACCAACCCGCGCCUCAGUUCUUAUCGUUCGGAAGCCGGCAUCGCGCAGCACUAUGGAGCACACGCCUCUCACGCGACACAUGCGGCACACGUGGCAUACUCACCUCAUGCCGCACAUCAGGUGCACACCGGCCCGCCACCCCCUCACAUGGCGCAUGUGCCGCAGCACGCACCGCACGUUGAUUACGCUGCGCAUGCCCAGCACGCAGCCGAGUACUCCGCGCAUGCUCACCACGCAGCUGAGUACACCGCGCACGCUCAGCACGCAGCUGAGUACACCGCGCACGCUCAGCACGCAGCUGAUUACACCGCGCACGCUCAGCACGCAGCUGAUUACACCGCGCACGCUCAGCACGCAGCUGAUUACACCGCGCACGCUCAGCACGCAGCUGAGUACACCGCACAUGCUCAACACCCAACUGAGUAUUCCGCGCAUGCCCAGCACGCAGCCGAGUACUCCGUGCAUGCUCAACAAGCUGCCGAGUAUGCCGCGCAUGCUCAACACGCAGCGCAGGCGCUACAUGUUGCGCACGUUCAACACGCGCACACUCAACAUGCACCACAUCCAUCGCAUGCUCCGCAUGUAGCGCAUGUGACGCACCCGCCACACGUGGCGCACGCGCCGCACCAGCAGCACGUGGUGCACACUGGCCACGCCCACCAAGCGCACGUGUCCGCACUGCCCCCACUGCCGGUCGCCGCGCCACAUCCGCAGCCGACGAUGCAACAACAGGCACCAUGCUCAUUGGUAUCGGACAUUGAGCGGCUGGUGAUAGCCGAUGCGGAAUCAUCGCCGCCGGUGAUGCUGCCCGCGCCGCAGCACACUUCGAUGCCGCCAAUACAUCCCCACAUGCAGCACACGCAACAUUCGCAGCAAACUCAGCUCGUGCAACAGACGCAGCUCCCACAGCAACCACUGCACCCGCAGCAGACACAACUCCCGCCGCAGACACAACUCCCACAGCAACCACUGCACCCGCAGCAGACACAACUCCCGCCGCAGACACAACUCCCGCCGCAGACACAGAUCCCGACUCAGACACAGCUGUCGCUCCAGACACAGCUGCCACCGCAGACGCAACUGCCGCUACAGACACAGCUGCCGCCGCAGACGCAGCUGCCACCGCAGACGCAACUGCCGCCACAGACACAGCUGCCGGCACAGACGCAGCUGCCGGCACAGACGCAGCUGCCGCCACAGACGCAGCUGCCGCCACAGACGCAGCUGCCGGCACAGACGCAGCUGCCGGCACAGACGCAGCUGCAACACAUGCCGCCCCCGCAGCAUUCGCAGCCCAUGCAGCCGAUGCAGCCGCCGCAGCAUUCGCAACAUACGCAUACGCAGUCCAUCACAAGAUCUAAAGAUUCGAGAUAUAAAGGGAAACGCGUCUACCCUUCCGUACCCAACCAGCCGUCGGAGGCGUCGGCGCACUUCAUGUUCGAGCUCGCUAAGUCCGUGCUAUUCAAAGCGGGCGGCACCUCCAGCACCAGUCUCUUUACACAGACCACGUGUGCCAGGGAGGAACCGCAGGGGCCGCAUAGAGGAUUACACAUGGCUGCGUUUCAAUUGGGUCUCUAUGCACUGGGCUUGCACAACUGCGUCAGUGCGAAUUGGUUGAGUCGUACGUACUCUUCGCAUGUUAGCUGGGUCACAGGUCAAGCUAUGGACAUCGGUGCACCUGCCAUUUUGUUUUUAAUCGACGCCUGGGAGGGACAUUUAACUCCGCCGGAAGCUGCGGGCAUUGCUGAUAAGGCGUCGUCAGGUCGCGACGUACACAUAGUGCGCGCGGCAGCGGAGCUGGCUCUGUCGGUGUUGCCGCAUGCGCAUGCGCUCAACUACAACGAGAUCCAGCGCGCCGUGCUGCAGUGCAAGGAGCAGAGCGACGCCAUGCUCGAGCGCGCCUGCCUCACAGUAGAGGCUGCAGCUAAAGGUGGUGGAGUGUACCCCGAGGUGUUGUACACGGUGGCGCGUUACUGGCACGAGCUGUACCUGCGACAGGGCAGCGAGGAGGAGGCUGCGGAGGAGCCGCAGUACCGAGCGCCGCCGCCGCUCGCCAUGCCCAUGCCCUACGCCCUGCCUUACCCCUUCACCUACCACCCCUACCCGCCGCCCAUCUACCAGCUGCAGUACGGAGGCGCACCGCCUCCUCAUCCGGCGCCGCAGUACGCUCUGCCGCAGUACUUUGUGCGGGGUAUAGUUGCGCCGCCGCCGCACCCGCACGCGCUCCCGGCACACGCGGCGCACGCUUCCAUGCCGCAGCACGUGUCGCACGCGUCGCUGCCUGCGCACGUGCCGCACCAGCCGCUCCCCGCGCUGCCCGCACUGCCCGCUCUCCCAGCGCACCCGUCGCACUCGCUACCGCCAUCUAUACCUGUCAAUCAUCCAGCACCGAUCCCCCCACCGAUCCCAGCGACACACACUGCGGUAGCGGGCGUGGGCACCGUAUCCGCUGUGGGUGCCGUUAAUACCGUAAAUGGAGUUGGCACUGUGUCAAACGUGGGCACAAUUCCCAAUGUGGGCAACAUGGCAAACGUAGCCAAUAUAGGAAACAUGGGAAACACCAGCAACAUGGUAAAUGUUAGCAGCAUGGGAAACUUGACCACUAUCGGAAACGUUAGUACCAUGGGGAAUGUUAACAACAUGGGAAACGUGAGUGGCAUGGGAAACAUGGGCAACGUUAACAACAUGGGAAAUGUAGGAUUAAUUGGAAAUAUGAGCAACACAGGAAAUGUGGGAAAUAUGGGAAACAAUGUGGUUGUUAAUAUGGGCAACGUGGCGAACGUCGGAAACGUGGGCAACGUAGGUGGCAUGCCCCCUUCCGCGCCGCUGCCCUCGCUACCUCAAGCGCAAUUGAGGCGUUUGCUGGCAGCGUACAGAGUGGGCAUGUUGGCUCUGGAGACGCAAGCCAGGCGGGUGCACGAUGACCGCCCGCAGAAUAAAUUUGGAAGGAACCCUCCUUACGGUGAGCACGUGAAAUGGCUGCUGCGUAUAUCUAAGCGGCUGGGCGCGCAGUACUUGCACCAGUUCUGUAUGUGCGCGGUGAACUCUGUGGUGUCGCCGUUCGUGCUGUACGAGCUGUGCGUGGAGUCUGCGCACUGGCUGGCGCGCGGCGGACCUCAUCACCUGGUCAUGCAGCACUUCCGCGGCGCACUGUCGCCCCUCGUGCAGAAGUGUCAGCAAAUGUACAUCCAGUGCAUCCACCAGAAGCUGUACCACCUGACGCCGCUGGAGUACGAGGAGUUCGUGGGCGUGGUGCUAUCAGCGCGCACCGCCUUCCAGCUAACGCCUGAGGGGCAUACGCAGUUCAAGGAGUGGCUCGCUUCGCUGCGCAGAUCGAAGUCAUGCAAGAAGGAUCUCUGGACGCAGUUGAACGCGGCGCUGCAGACGAAUGGCAAAUGACGUCAGCCGAUAGUUUGUAUGGUGCAGUGCGUCGCGCCCGAACUGUCGCAUCCCAUGCAGGGUCCGGACUACCGGCUCUUGUACUACUUACCUCUCUAAUGUUUGCUUAGUGCUUGUGUUCUUUAUAACCCGAUAACUGUCGAACAAUCCACACAAAUAUCCUUCGACAAUCAAUCUAUUGUUUCGACAUUUUAUGUUUUAUGUUUUGAUGAUGACAUUUUUUGAUUUCAUUCAAUUCGUCUUUUGUUUUUGGGAAGCUGAUAAUUUUUUUAAAUGAAAUAUUCCAGAAAAUUAGUACUGGAAAUAAUUACUACUAUUUAAAAUGCACUUAUCCUCUUUAGCUUAAUUUCUUUAUAAAUUUACUUACUCAAAGACACAAGUCUUUGGUUAUGUUAUAAGAAUGUUUGUGUGUAUGUUUAAAAUUUCUUUCAGUAAAAUAUAUGUAGAUCUGGGACUAGACAUUCCAUUAUUGAGAAAUCGCGUUACAAACAACACAAUAGCACUUUGUUAAGCAUUUAGAGUUGCAAAUACCUCUUUUAGUGUUAGUUCCGACGAUCGUGUUUAGGGUAUUCGAUCUCAGUUAUUAAAAAAACACGUAGUUUUGAUAAUCACAGUAAAAUGUUGCGAACCCCUGCCCAGCACGUAACGCAUUAUUGUUUACUUAAAUCAUUUUCUAAGUUGUUUUGACAACGUCGGUGACAAUGCAUAUAUGUAUAAUUCAUUACAUUAUUAAUAAUAUGCUAUUAGAACCUUGAAUAAUUCGAGGUAUUCGACGGUUGUGUGUAUUUACAUCUUAAGAGAUGAAAUUGCUUAGUAAACAUUAGCAGAGAUUAGUAACAUUUUUUUUGCUCACGUGAAUUAUCGAUCUAUAGAAUGAUUAAUUGCGUAUAUUCAUUCUAUUUAUUUAUUUACAUGCCUCAUUUGAUUUUUCGUAUUUUGGUUAUAUUUAAUAACAUCAUUUAUGUAUUAACAUUGCAUAUGUAUUCGCAAAACAGCAUUACAUGUGCAGAUUUCAUUAAAUUCUAACUGAAAAGAAAAAUUUAAAAAAAAAAACAAAAAAAAGAACAUAUGAAUAAAGGAAAGAAAACAAUCUCAAAUAUCGGGUUAUUUUCUUAUCGAUAAAUUGCAAAGAAUAAUAGACUUACUUUCGUUGUUAUUCUAAGUUUUAAGAUUCGCGUUCGACAAGUAAAAUGCACAAAUGAAAUCAAAUGCCACUCGUGUAAGAUAACACGAGACAUUAGUACUAUGACGUCACGCGAAUAUGAUUCCACACUAGUCUCAAUAUUGCACGCGUACGGAUCAUAUAUUUUCAUCGAUUAAAGCAUUUCUUACAAAUAAGCUGUUAACUAGUCAGUUGCGGGAGACGUCUGAAAGCCCAGUGGUGAUGUACUUUAAAUCUUUUUAAAAUAGUUUCUUGUUUAUACAAAUCUUAGUAUAUUGUUUGAUAUCUUGCAGCAAAAGAUCUUAAUUUGUUUGCUUAUGAUGUUAAAUUACAAUGAGAGGAAUGUUAAUCAAAACUGAGACUUUAUGUCUCACCUUUGGAGUGGUAUUAUAAGAUUCAUUCUUUAUGACGGCUCCCAGAUAGCUGAAAGUGCGAUAUUCCGAGCCGCCAUAAAGUUUGGAUAGCACUGUAUACACAUCGUAGCAUAGUUUUAACUUUCGACACCUCAACUUUUUGUUUAUGAGUUCAGUUUUGGUUAGCAUUAAAUAUUUCUUAGUUUAAUUUUAUAUGUCAUAUGGAUAACCAUUUCCUAGUUUUCGAUUUCCAUCGUAAUAAUAUUGAAUUUGCGUUGUCCAUACGGCCAGACUCGUUUGAAAGUCCAUUAGCGAAUUAUUUUUAAAGAUCUCUGUCGUUUAUUUAAAUAAGACUUUAGUAUCAUUUCAAAUAUUAUUUUUUGUGUUCGACGCUUAUUUUGAUAUUUUAUUAUCUAUUAGACGAUAUUAGAACUACAAUCUGAGGAUGCAUUUUUGAGGAUGGGUUUGAGACGAUUUAUUUGAACUGAUUGGAGAAAAAAAAUCCUAACUAAAUUUUGAAGGUGCAGGUAAAUUCAUUUAAAAAGGAAAAUUGUUUGUGGGUAGAUUUAAAAGAGAUGAAAAAUUCAAAAUUUUAUAACAAUAGUCCAUUAUAUGAUGAUAAUUGGCAGAUGACUCGGGUGAGGAAAGUAGCCCGAGUACAGAUAUAUAAGACAGAUUGUAGAUAACGGCCGUCGAUACACUAUUUUUGAUAUUCUCUUGUCGAAAUUUGUGUCCGAAUGUCUACGUAUAGUUCGCAGACGAACACGUUGCGUGCGUUCGAUUAACUAUAGUAACUUUAUUUACACGUUUAUAUUAUUAUAUAAUAAUGCAAAGUAGUGUUUUUGAGGCGUUCGGGAGUAUAUAACAGCGGAUAAGGCAGCAGUCGGCAACAUAUAUCUAAAUACGAGUUUUACACUACAAUAAGAUCGGGUAAGAAUAUAUAUCGGAAACAUACAAAAGUUCCACAUACCAUAAAGCAAUAUAAAUUAAGAUAUCAUUUAUAUGUAGACGUACUUAAUAUUUGGUGUGUUAAUGUAAUUUGAUAGAUGACGUGAACUGGUUAAUUACCAUCGAUUGUUUGGACACGUAGACUGAAUAAAGAAUACGGGUCAGUAAAGCAUGUUCUAGACUAGAAGGUAUAUUCAUCGUAUUCGGAUCUACUGAAAUAAUUUUAAAGCUAGCAGUUUAUAUCGUCGUAUUCAACUUAUCAAAUCUCUAAUCGAGGGGACCGGAGCCUACCCCAUGUUAAGAGUCACUAGGCCACAGUCAACAAUGCUGGCCUAUUUCGGGUUGACUUCAAACAUCUUUGAGCUUAUUUGCAGUUUCCAUCAUAAUGUUGUCUUUCAUCGUUUAUAUAUUAUACAUAAAUCAAGAUGUAAUGUAUUUCACUGAAAAUUAACAUAGGCAAAAAAGAGUGGAAAAUAGUGAUUAUUUGCGAUGCAAUUAUACGCAUGCUGUGGCCAGGGACGCGUGUAAUUUGCAAGUGAUCACAAAGUAUCACAAUUACUAUGUUUAAAUUACAGGCCGUGCCGAUUUUACGCUCCGAUGCUAUAUUUCGCGUAAUGCGUUUUUAACUCAUUAUGCAUUAAAUGUUUUUAUAAUUAAGUUAUUAAAUUUUCAAAAUUUUCGGUACUUCACAUUCAAAAGUUAAUUAUUUAACAAAAUUCCGAAUAUAUGAUGAAAUAUUAAUUAGGUUUACAAAUCUGAUAACACACCUUUCGUUUGUUGGUGAAUUGGAAGAGUGUUUGAACUUACGAAAAUAGCAUUCUCAGAAGGUGACCCUCAUAUAAUUAAUAGUUCGCUAGUUUGUAGUAAAGUCUAAGCAAUCGAUGCGUUUAUUGCCAUUUGACGUCGGAUACGCAUUCUGUUGCCAACUGUUGUCUUCGUAGUUUUUAGUUUAAUAUCUUUACUAAGUAGAUGUCUAUGUGCAUUCAUUCGAGUGUGGAUGUAUUCAGCAUUCAGUAGUUAGUAAAUUUUUAGAAUGCUAGUUAGUAUAAAUUGACAUUGUAACGAUCGGACUAAGAAAUUUAUAUAGGACUACGUAUGUCUCCACGUUUCUUUGAAUAAAUUGAUAGUCAGUAAAUAUCAAUAGAACCGGUAACGAUUGUAAAAUUUUAAACCUAUUAGUCUACUCGAACAAUAGUCCUAGCUAUUACCAACUCGUUAAUAAUGCACUUUGAGUUAUUUCUAACAAUUUUGUUAUGUAGUGCGCGUCAUAUACAAGGAUAUGUUUUUAGAUCUGAUUGGAAUAUGAACAGUAAAGUGCAUAUUCGCAUCUUCUCGACAUUUUUCAUAGUGUUCAAAACCAGUACUACGAAAAACUAUUAUCACUUAUGGAGGUUUGCGAUUUGAACUUGUUACUAUUAAAUAAUGCGACGACGUAAAGUAAAUAAUAAUCACCUGACUAGACUUUUAAUCAUUACUGAUUUAUUGUUUGUGAAUGUACCAUCUCAUCGGCGCCAUCUUGGAUCCCGUAAUGGCGCGCACUUUACUAUUAAUCAAAAAGUCUGUUAUUAAUCUGCAGUUUGACGCGUCUGGUUACAAUUAUUUAUUGCUAUUAGAUUUUGUAUUUGUUUAUCAGUCACUUGUGUAACGUCUUUGCCGUCCAAUAUAAUUUGCAAAUGUGCGUAUUUUUAUUUGCUUUAAAUCGAAUUAAGAAAAUGACAUGCCGAUCUUAAUAUUUAUUCUAGAGUACUAAAUUCUUUAUAACAUGUUUAUCUCGUUGGGCAUUAUUAACAUUUUUUUUGGUAACAACGGUCUCAAGAGAAUAAUUUUGAACUCCAUCGAAGCAUGUAAAAGUACUUUGACAAUUUGUCUGAAAGAACUAUUUUUACACUUAAAAGCAUAUUUAAUGAAAAAUUAUAUAAUUAUAUCGUUAGUUUCAUAAAUAUAAGAACUUUUAGUAUGGAGCAUAUUUUAAUUAGUCGUUUAAUGCAUGUCAUAGUUGUAAUUCGCUCAGUUAUCAGGCAAAUUCGCGAGACGUGGUUAGGCUUUAUAGUUAUUGAUUAGUUUAUUAACACGAGUACGGUUUUAACUUAAAGAGCGUAAGUCGCCGGAACAGUAUGCUAUAGUUUUAAAUGAUUACUUCAUCACAAAUUAAACUUUUACAUGCAUCACAAAACGCGACGUCGGUUAUAUUUAUUUGGAGAACUACAUUGUAUUUUUGUUUUAUACACUUUGUGAUAGCCAGAAACUUGACUUGAUUCAUUGAGUAAAAGAACAAAAUGCAGGGGUGGCCAACCUUGGGCGUAACGUUUAUUUAUUUAUUAAAGGAUUUGUCACAAUAUCAAUACAUUGCGGAUGUAUAAAUAUUAUUUUAUAAUCUCAAAUGUAUUUAUCGAGCAAUGUGUUGAUGGCUACCUCCAGUAUAAUCUAGUCAUUUCAACAUGAGAUAUUUGAAACGAAGCUUACUCUUUUUAAAACUUUACGAUGCUUAAAUCUUGUAAGAGUGAUUAUGAAAACAUACUAAAUUAAUAACGGUUGGUAAUGAAAAGAUUUUACGAUCAAAAUAACUUUUAUUGUGUUUUAAAAAAAUCUCAUGUUGAUAUGGACAGAGUAUCAUACUAUUACAGUAGUUCAAGUCAUGAGUUACCUCACAAUGCAGGUUGUAAGUCACGCCAGUCCUGUACCGUAUCUCAGCCACCCAUAUAGGGAUUGUCAACCCUUGAGUCUAUGGCCGACGAUAGAUAAAGUGACAUGUUUUACAACAUUCUAAACCGAAGGCAUCGAUGUCAAACCCGUAAGUGUGUGUUCAUAUGUAACUCGGGCGCGAACACGAAAUAUCAAACAUAUGACGUUGUAUGAGAAUAUGUUCACAUGUAAUUAGCGGCGGAGCUAGCGAUUUGCUCGCGAUUUCUAGUUAAUUUAACCAGUUUGAACUGGUUGCUAGCACCCGUAUUCGCGCCCGCGACUUAAAUAAUCAAGUACUGACGCAAAUAUACGAAGUGUCAACCCAAAGAAUUCGAUCGGUCAAACCCGAGGUGGCAGCCCUAUUUACAUUACAACUAGCAGUUAGAAAAAUACCGUAGCCUGUUUAGUUUCUAAAUCGAAGAUGCAUAAUUAAUUUAUACAUCACAAUUUGUAGUUUAAUUGUUACACUUUGUAAGUGUGGUAUCUCCGCCUAUUAUAUGUAACCAUCGCAGUUCGAAUGGCUACUUGUAAGCGUAUUAUACAUUUUAUAUACACAUUAUUUUAUUAAUAUCGCAUAUGUAUCAUUUUAAAGCUCAACAAUGUCAGUAUAACGUAGGUUUCCACCGCUGAAACAUUUAUCGAAAAACAUUUUUUUUAUGAAUGUGUCGUCAGUGGAUGUACUGCAUUGUUUUUAUAAGUUUGGCACAAUUAUACGCUCUAGAUUCUCAUAAUAUUCCGUAACAUUGCAAACAGUUCGUCUUCGCGCCGUUGCUUACUUCAAUGUAUUUAAUCUGGGCAAUAUAUUUAUUACAACUGGACGAAA